UCAUUGGCCCGGUGAAGCGCUUUUAGUGGAGUGUCCACGGCUCCGCGUGAUUUCAACUUCUCCCUGGAGUGACAUGUGCUUAUACGCUGCCGAAUAUGACGCAUACGAAGGCUGGUUCUGUUGGCCGAUACUUCGACAUGCACGAACACUUGUUUUCCCUAUCCAGGACGCCCUUGGUUCAUGGCUACACUUCUUCAAGGAAGCUCGAAAAGGAAAAACCUUCAUGCCUUCGACUACAUCACGUGACGAGGGCCUUUUUCGAAACUUACCCAACUUGAAACAAUGUUUAUUCCAAAGAGAACCCUAUGACAAAGAGCUCCCUCUAAGCUUGAUUGAAGACUUUGAGGCAUUUGGAAUCAAGUGUUUUGAAAUUGGCGAGUUGAAACCGGAUGAAAUCAUGAAAUUGGAUGCAAAAUUGGACACUACUUUGGACCAAUGAGAUAACCUCUGUUGCCCACACGAGUUCCAGUCUACACGUUCGCAAUAAAAACAGGAUCAAAUUUGCUGCACCCGAAAAUCCAAGUCUUAAAUCUUUGCCCGGCGGUUCUAGCGAUAUACUCAAACGUGGUUACUUAAUGUCGAGUCAAAUAUGAACGAACAAAACAGUCGCUUUUGAACGAAGGGGACUAACGGGCGAAAUAUGUUGUAAUUCUUUGUUAUCACUUUACAGAAGUCGUUUUUGAAAUCAAAUUGAAUAUGUUGUACUUGACAAGUUUCUCAAUCAG